AUGAAGUUUCUUACGAAAUUAAAGAUUAGUAUCUGGGGUAAAACUCCAGAAGAUCCAAAAGAAGCUAGGUUACUUUUCAAAUUAGAUUGGUUUAUUUUAAGUUACUGUUGUUUGGUCUAUUGGAUCAAUUAUUUGGAUAGAACUAACUUAUCCAAUGCUUAUGUAUCUGGUAUGAUGCAAGAUUUGAAUAUGAAAGGUGAUGAAUUUAAUAUUAUGAAUACUUGUUUUACUGUUGGUUAUGUUGUUGCCUUGGUUCCUCACAAUUUAAUACUUUUAAAGGUAAGACCAAGAUAUUGGAUGACAUUCUGUGCCUUUGCUUGGGGCGUAAUGACAUUAUCGAUUUAUAAAGUUACGGCAGUUUAUCAAGUCUAUAUCAUUAGAUUCUUUACAGCUGUUUUUGAAGCUGUAACAUUUACCGGUGUUCAUCUUAUACUUGGUUCAUUUUAUGAGGAUCAUUUAUUACCAUUUAGAACUGCAAUUUUUACCAGUUCGGGUUUAGUUGGGUCCAUUUUCUCUGGAUUCUUGCAAUCGGCAAUCUACUCAAGUAUGGACAAUUACCGAGGCAUUGCUGGUUGGAGAUGGUUAUUCAUUAUUGAUUUCUUAAUCACGGUUCCUAUUGUUAUCUAUGGAUUUAUUUUCUUUCCUGAUCCACCUCAGAUUAGCCGAGCAUUCUAUUUUACUGAAGAAGAACAUCAGAUCUUACUUGCAAAGAUAAAUAAACCAAAGCAUGAUAAAUUGGAUUGGACAGUUUUAAAAAGAGUUUUUGCCAACUGGCAUUUUUACUUAUUCUCUUUCUUAUUUGCAAUUGGUGGUGAAGAUGAAUCAUUUCCAAUUAAUUCCUUGUUCGCCUUAUGGUUGCAAUAUUAUGAUUAUUCUGUUCCCGACAGAAAUCAUUUCCCAAUGGGUGUAUUUGGAACUGGGGUAUUUUUUACUCUAGCAUCAGCAGUAUAUAUCAAUGUGACAGGUGGUAAUAAACAUUGGCAUAUUGGGAUUUAUAUUAUGAUUAUAAUGAUUAUUUCAUCUAUUUUAUUAUUAGCUGGUCACAGUAAUACUGUUGCUGUAUUCAUUGCCCAUUAUCUUAGUGGAGCUGCUUAUGCAGGACAAACAGCAUAUUUUGCAUGGGCUAAUGUUGUAUGUGCUAAUGAUUUGCAAGAAAGAUCUAUUGUAUUAGCUUCUAUGAAUAUGUUCAGUAAUGCUGUUAAUGCUUGGUGGUCAAUUGUAUUUUAUGGAGCCGAUACAGCUCCUAGAUUCACCAAAGGGAUGAUUGCUAUGAUAUUUACAGCAGCUACUACAGGUAUAACAUCUACUGCAAUUAUGUUUUUACAAAAGAGAGAUGAAAGAUUGGAAGCUUUAGAAGUGGUACUAACAAGUAAUUCUCUCGGCAAUGGGACCAUACAGAUUGAUUUUUCUUGA